AGCGGAGUGAAACCGGCAGAAGCGCAAAAAUUAGCGGAGAAUGCUGUGAAUGAGGCUCAACAACGAAUAACUGCUCAAAGAAAAGCGAAAGUUGAAGGAGUCAAAGCAGAAGAAGAAGCGGAAGAAGCGAAAAAAAUACAGAGGGCCGAAUCCGAACAGAAAUUCUAUGAUUAUGCGAUGCAGAUGGCUGAAAAAAUGCUUUAUCACGACGACAUGGUUACCCCUGGCAUGAAAGCUCGAAAGACUAUCAAACCUGAUCCAGCUGUUCCAUCUUUACUAAAGACUUCAAAACGACUCGGCAUUUGGAAGAGCCUUGAUGACUGUCAAGAGUUGGAACUCGGGUUUUGGAAAGAUUGGGAUUUGAGAGCGGCGAGGAUCAUGAAUCAAUCGCUUGGUCCCGAGAACUCAUUUGAAGAGCAAAUAAAAUGGACCGAAGACGGCAAGCAGUGGCCAUAUCCAAUCGAUAACGAGUAUUUGAUGGGACCUGAAGCUGAUGUUCCUUUCUACGAGCACAUCUUCCUUGAGAGACAUCUUGCCGGACUGGGAUUGCCAAAAGAGGGACCAAUAGCUCAUUUUAUGGAACUUGUGAGUAUGGGCUUGAACGCUAUUUUUUUAAUUACAACAUAGGG